AUGAUGCAAACUUUUGCACUGAUGAAACAAAUUUCGUCCGGGUUGUUGGGCACUAAACAACGCUGGCUCUCCGAAACUGGCUCAUGUUUGAUCGCCUCCAUUUGGAAGUAUUCGACUCUAGUGCCUGCCCGUAAAGCUGAACCGUCGCCGCCAGUCGAACAGGAGGAUAAAGGCCUCUGUGGCGUGCUUGACAGAGAUAGCAGACAUCCGACCUAUGAUUUACUAUCGCACACGUUCCACACGGAGGUGAACCGCAAAGGUGGAGUACAUCUGAGCUCGGUGAACACGUCUUUAUGUCCCCAUAAUGCGCAGUCGCGGGUGACCACAUUUGUGGUCGAAUCCGCUUCUCCUCCGAUGGCCUCAGCAAAGAGCGAAUCAGACACAACCCAGCAAUCAGCAACUCGGCGAAUCCUAAAAAUUCGGUCCACUGAUUUGCGUUCCCAUCCACAUUCAACCCGGUCCAGUACAAAUUAUGAGACCAACAAAACCGGAUUUUCUUUAAUCGAUGAGUCACGGCCACCAUCGGAUAGCGGAGACAGCAAGUGUUGUAUGAUAAGAGCAUCCCAAACAAAUCCCGAAGAUAUAAUGCAACAGAACAAUCAGCAGGACAAACCGGACGGCUUCCAAUAG